GCGGAAGAGUUCACUCAGGAAGAGCUUCAAGAGUUCGCUCAAGCGUUCAAAAUGUUCGAUAAGGAUGGGAACGGUACGAUGAACAUUAAGGAAUUAGGUGUGGCUAUGCGAACAUUGGGCAUGAAUCCAACGGAGGAAGAGUUACAGGUAUACUGUCCAGAACUUUUCUUCAUGCAAAAUCGAUCCAUACUCAAUUUAAUUUUGACAUUUUGA